CGUUCCUCUAACAAGAAUAGCAGCAAUAUUCGCGCCAUUCGACACCAACUGGUCGACACUGUACAGACGUUCAACUCGCUCGCAGUUUUCCCGUGCGUUGUCGAUUUGAGUAUAAGAGAUCCUACGCCCCAACAACAGUUAGAGGCUCAGGCUCUGAAAUUAUUGCAAGUAAAAGCGUCUAUGCUAAAUUUGAAAACAAGAAUUGGCAGAUUAUUUCAGCCUCAAAAACAGACUUCGCCUCGUUCUACUUUCGCAAAGUUUAAUAUGUUUGUUUCGGAAUCCAGCCGCGCCAGCCCCAGGUCUAAGCCUGUUGCUGUCAUCAAAUUUCCUCGUGUCAGUACUGGCGACAGGGGAAGUCCACCGUUUACGUCUCGCUCUCAUAAUACGCUAAUUCGAACCUAUGUUACUAACGACAGUCUUCGAGAGCUACAUUUAGAACUAAUUUACUAAAUCAGUUGAUUCGUAUUCUAGAGUGAUUUAAUGGUGCGAAGUGACCGUGCGUGAGAUUAUUGCAUUAAGCAGCUCGACGUGAGGUGGAGUGCAACCAGCUCUUUGGUCGAGACGUAUACGAGACAUUUACAGCGGGUAGUCCAUAAAUUAUUGCUCGUUAACUAUAACUGGUCGUAUUUUCUGAAUUAUUGUUCUCGUUUUUUUUCAAGAUUUUACAGUUGGUUCCCAUAUCAUUCUGGUUACAGGGUCUCGACUAGAUUCUGGGACUUGGUUGAUCUUCUCGCAAUGAAUGAUAAAUUUUGUACAGUUCGUGGGCAUUGCGCCCAUCCCCGACACUACUCUAUUUCCCAGCUUCCAUUUGGUGUACAGUUUAACAUAUUUAGCUACUUGGGGAUCCCCGACAUCCUCUCGGCUCGAGAGUGCUGCAAAUAUUGGAAAGCACUUGCAGACUCCGACUAUGUUUGGAAAAUAUUGGUGAGAAUACAUUUCGACGUCAAGACGGAGGCCGGAGUGCCCAUCAAGACUAGCUGGAGACAGUAUUUUUGGAGUAGAAUCAAAUGUUUUGACAGGAUGAGGCAGACGAAGGGGAUGGUUAUCAGCGAGAACGGGAGGACGGUUCACUCUACAGGGACGGUUAAGAAGUGGGCGACGGCGUCGAUAGGAUAUCCGUAUCUUAAGACGGGAGUGCAUUAUUGCGAAUUUAUGAUCGACAAGUGUUUGAAGGGGUAUCUGCAAAGGACGUGGAAGAUGAUUAUUGGCAUUGUGUCGAAGUCGUUUGUGUACAUGAGUGGGAAGUACGUUGGGUGCGACGACCACAGCUUUGGAUACAUUGCGCAGACGGGGGAGAAGAUAGGUGGUGGGCAGAGUCCGAAGGAGUACGCGUUGGCGUAUGGAGAGAAUGACCGAAUUGGAGUGUUGGUGAAUAUGAUAAAAGAGGAAAUUUCCUUUUAUCGUAAUGGUGUAAACAUGGGUGUUGCUUUUACCCAAUUUGGGUCUGGAACACACAUAUCUCAGUACCAUUUUGCAAUAUCAUUUAUAAAGUCGAACAUGUAUGCCACGGUGCUGCCCUUGGCUAAGUGUCCCGCGGAUACGGACGUGUCGAAGGCGGCGACGAUAUCGCCGAAAAAGACGAUUAUUCCUUCCAAUUUUUCGCUGAAGUCGUGCCCGGAUGACAUAAAGCUGAGCAUUCUUGGCAUUAUGAAUUCCGAUGGUUGGAAUUUGAUGCGGAAGAUCAAUCACAAUUGGAAGCAGUUGGCGGAGUCGGAUUACUUGUGGCGAGAGCGGGUGCAGAUGCAGUUUUCGGACGUUGGGAAUUUGUUGGACACUAGAGAUUCUGCGCCUUGGAGGUCUUUGUUUUACCGCCAUUGUCGGCGAUUUAGCGUGACGCACUGCACGCCUGGUUUGGCCGUGUCCAACGAUUGUUUGACGCUGACGUCCACGGACCGCAUUUCGUAUUGGGCCGCGGCGCGAGUGGAGUACCCGCGAAUGACGUCGGGGUCGCACUAUUUGGAGUUUAGGAUUGACAAGUAUCGACAUGGUUCGAUUGGAAACACGUGGAAGGUGGUUUGCGGGAUUGUGUCCGAUAGUUUUGACUACCAGCUUACGAAGUGGGUCGGUGUUGACGAGAAGAGCUUUGGGUACAUUGCACAGAAUGGCAACAGAGUUGGGCCUAGUUGCAAGAAUCAGGGGUUGGAGUAUGCAGAGCCCUACGAGGAGGAUGACUGUAUUGGGAUUCUGGUCGAUCUCGAGCGGGACGAGCUGUUCUUUUACAAAAACGGAGUCAAUAUGGGCAUGGCCUUUCAAAACUUUCGUCAUCGAGAAAAGAAUUUUGCCUAUUACUUUGCGGUGAGCAUUGCUAGAUGGGGGAUGGAAGUUUCGGUGAUUCCUGACGCGAGAUGCCCCGACCGUGAUAUCGAUAUUGUUUGAUGAUGAGGAAGAAAGCGCGUGCCAAGAGUGAGACGGGGAGGGGGGGAGGUCACAUGAGCCAAGAACGUUUAUGGUUGCUGGCUCUUGAAAGUGGUUCUUAAGAGUUGCGCUCUUGGGAAGUUGCUCUCGAAUCGCUCUUGGAAGUUGCCCUUGAAUGAGUUGCCCUUGGAGAGGAAAACCUGCGGCGCGCGUCGACCGGGCCCUCGUUGGCAGAGAGGUGGCGUGGAAAGAGAUCUCGUCGCGUCUGAAGCGGACGUGGCGAAAAAGGACGCCGCUCGCAGAACGCGCGGCGAUUACAUUGAGCGCCUCCCUCAAGCGCAGACGAGUGCAGGUUUUCUUGAGCGCGUGAUGGGAACGCGCGUGGCAAGAGAAAGGAAAAAAAGAAAGGGGGACGGUUGAUAAUUUGAGUCCUCGUGUGUAUGUACAGUUGUUUAUGACAAGCUUUUGGGCUGAGAAUACCGCGUUUUGAUUUUAAGGCCGUCGUCGGCGCGCACAAAUUGAGACACGAUGACUCGCGAAGCGCGAGAGGCGACUGAGCGUUUUGGGGCAGAGGCGGUGCUGGGGGGGGUCCUCUCGCACGAUAACCCGAGCUGAGCGGUGUUGUCUCUGACGGAGAGUGAGAUGGCGCGGUGCCGAGCGGAAACCGGAGCGGAAACCGGAGCGGAAACCGGAGCGGAAACCGGAGCGGAAACGAAACGCCCGAGCCACCGUGACGCGUUUUUCGCGGCCUCGAGAGCGUGAGAAAGGAGUGGACGGGCGGGAUCCUCGGUGAAAGGCAUCUCCGAAAAGAAACAGACCUACCGGAGUGGCAGAGAGGGCUGGGACUUGCCUCAUUGAGAGGGAACGGCCACGCACCACCGGAGAGAACGGGGUACAUGUCUCCGGGCUAAAUAGGCAGCGAAGUGAGCGCCGUGCUCUCCGCGCGCAGGGUUUUUUGCAUAGAUUUAUCCAUCGCCGUGCUUCUGAUUGGGGUGCUAGUGGAGGGCGUUCAGAGGUGUACACACAUAUACAUGUGUGUGGUAUUGUUUUUCAAUCUCGAAGUCCGUGCGAUUUAUGUCGUCCUCUCCCCGGGGGGACCUUUCGGGCGUGCCGAGUCUUCUCCAUCGGCGCUACUCUCGCGCUGGAAGCGGUGUCGGCAUGGAGAGGCGCCGGUCGACGUCAUCGAAGGAGCCUCCGACCGAGUCGCAAAGCGGGCGUUAUUUCACUGUGAAGAAGCGCGGUGGAGUCGGGGGAAGACAGGCUCCGGGUCACUCCCUCUGUACGCACACCUCGUGGAGAAAGCGAGUGUCUCUCUUGCGGUGUUCGCGAGGGAGUCACCGUUCCUGGAUUCGACGGCGGCGCGGCCCCUGUUCCAAGGGAGGCAGAUCGCGAACUUUUUGGCGCAGGGGGAAAAAAAAAAGAAGCUUGAGCCGACUGACCGUGGACGGGAGCAAGGGGGCGGGCUUUGUUCUCUCUAAAUGAACGGCAACAGGCUCGUGUGAGCGAAAGCGUACGGGAUAGAGAAACGCGCACAAUUCUCUCAGCCUCUGAUAAGGACGCGCGGGCAGAGAGCCCCCGACGCCCCAAGAGAGAUGGAGGCUCGCGUGCGCUCUUUCUCAGUGUCACGGCCGACAGCCCCUCCAGCGCCCAAGGUACUUUUGGGCGCCAGCUCAAAAAAAAAAAAAAAAAAA